AUGCAUACCUCGCCCACUCUCCAAUCUCACCCAGUGCUGCCUGUCAAUGGCGCUGCGAGACCUGCCGCCCCGUCUCACUUGCUCCCCGAGUUCAGUCUGAAAGACAAAGUUGUCGUCGUCAGUGGUGGUGGAAGAGGACUGGGCCUGGUCCAGGCUGAAGCAUUGAUGGAAGCAGGCGCCGUUGUGCACUGCAUCGACAUCCUGCCCGAUCCGUCUUCGGAUCCCACGUCCGAGUUUGCUGUCGUUGCUGGGCGUGCAAAGAAGGAACUCAACUCCCACUUGACAUAUCACCAAGUGGAUGUCACCGAGGAGCCGCAGGUGAAGGAAGUAUUUGAGAAGGUCGCAGAGAAGGAAGGUCGCUUGGAUGGCUGCCUUGUUGCUGCCGGGAUCAACUACGAGAGCCCGGCCCUCGAGUACUCCCCCGAGCAGAUUGACAGAAUGCUUCGCAUCAACAUCAAGGGCGCAUUCCUCACAGCCCAAGGCGCCGCUCGGAUAAUGGUUCGGUUUGGAACGCCCGGCAGCAUCUGCUUGAUUGCCAGCAUGAGCGGCACCAUUGCCAACCGUGGAAUGUUUGCAUCACUAUACAACACCUCCAAGGCUGGCGUUAUGCAGAUGGGUCGAAGCUUGGCCGCUGAAUGGGGUGUGCACGGCAUUCGUGUCAACACACUUUCGCCUGGAUACUGCCUAACCCAGAUGCUCCUCAACCUAUUCGAAGAGUACCCCGAGCGAAAGAGGCAGUGGCCCACGGAGAACAUGCUCCAGCGAUUCAGCGAGCCUCACGAGUAUCGCGGUGCCGCCGUCUUCCUCCUCAGCGAUGCCAGCAGCUUCAUGACGGGUAGCGACCUUCGUAUUGACGGCGGACAUUCUGCCUGGUGA